CAGUCCAAAAUCUAAAUCCCCAACGAGGCUCCGCGCUCCCUCUCCAAAAACAUACCAGGUGAGUGGAAAUAGCAAUUUCGCUGAAGUGUUGUAAAGGGUUUAGAAGAGGGUUUAUUGUUGAAAAAACACAGACCACUAUCAUGGCGAUGAAGAAUUCACUGUGCAGAUGCAGAGUACUUGCAAAAAUCGCUACCUCACAACCAACUACAAGGCGAAUCUCUCCUCCACUAAUUCUCCUGCUUCAACAAUCAUCUUGUUACUCCACCAACGAAAAGGAGCACAACCCACCAACAACUACACUAAAAAAAACACCACCUUUAUACAAGAAAUCACCUUCUUCUACAGAUUUUCCAAGGCCCAAAGAAAUCCCAUUUCAAGCAAAGGUUGCUAAUUCCAUUAACUUAAUUGGGUAUAUCGAUAUGCCUAUUCAAACCCAAGUUUCAUCUCCUGAUGAAAAGUUUCGGGCUGCCACUGUUAUCACCCAGGAACCUUCUUAUCAUUCUCCUGCUCUUCGGAUUCCAAUCAUAUUUGAAGGUGAUUUGGCCCAUAUUGCUGCUUCACACUUGAAGAAAGGAGAUUUUGUCUACAUAGAUGGGCAGUUAAGUACUGACCCCCCUCCUUUCCCUGAGAUGCAGGAUCAAACCCAAGUUCAGGUUUUGGUGAACAGUAUCAACUUUAUUGAGGGGUCUUUCCAAGUGAAGAAAAGUAUACUCGAGCAGCAACUAGAAGUGCCCUUAGAUGAUGAUGCCAGCAUGAAGAGAAAAGGUGAAUCUGGAUCGAAUUCCUGGACAGACCUUCUUGAAAAUCCAAAUCAGUGGUGGGAUUAUCGUAGUAGUAAGCGCAGUGGAUUGGUAAAACCAAAGCACCCAGAUUUUAAACACAAGAAUAACAACCAGUCCGUCUGGCUUACUGGGGCACCAAGUUGGAUUUUUUCAGGACUUGAGAAGGUGAAAUUUGAUGUUAAGACUGCCCUACCAACACAAACAAAGCAGCAAAAAGAGGAAGAAUGCUGGAAGGACUUGGUGGAAAACCCUCAUAAAUGGUGGGACAACAGGGUUGACAAGAAAAACCCAAAAUCUCCGGAUUUCAAGCACAAAGAAACUGGUGAAGGAUUGUGGCUUGACACAUCACCAGCUUGGGUGCUCCCAAAGUUGCCGCCUACAAAAGGUGCAGAAAAUGUUGCUGGCACUGAGGGAUACAAUGCUCUAUUGAGCCAAGGAAGGACAUAAGUCACUUCUAUAAGCUGAUCAGGAAAUUGUCUUAUAUAGGUUGUCCAAGUUCUCCAAUACCAGAUAUAUGAAGAAUCUGAAAAUGAAAAGAAGCUUCUAGCUUUUAAUGUGUUGGCUGCUAUGUACUAGCGGAUCAUGCAAUCAUUCUUCCUGAUCUUGUGACUUGCAGAUGCUGUAUAUCCAUGCCAAAACGGGUUUCAUCAAAAUGGCAAGUGGUAAGCUUGUAGCGAUGCUUCCUUAGCUAUAAACAUAAUGAGAUAAUGCACAAAGAACAGACAAUCGAAAUGACUUGAUGAUGUUUUGAGAUUUGAGAUCGAAUUAAGUAGGAAUUUUCAAGUUCGAAAAGGGACAGCUGAUACUUGAGAGAACUUUUUGUUUAACAAUGUGGUGAAAACGCUAUAUUUGAAUCUAAAUAGUUAUUACUAAUUUA